CCCGAUGUAGCAUAUGCUGCUAAAGAAUUCAUGCACAGCUCCUCAGGUAUUUUUGGAGAAGGGAGGAAAAAGAGGGAGGGAUUACACUAGGCUUGCUUCAAUUGUAGCAUGGAGAUGGUUUGCAAAUAUAAUACUUGUACUUUGGUAAGAACUUCUUAAUUAAUUCUAAAUCCUUUUGUGACAGAGCUUGUAGAGAAGCGAGAAACAGUAUGUGUGAGAAUGACAUCCUUGUCAUUAGGAGUAAGGAACUAGAAUGCAGAAGUCACAGCUUGACAACCACAAUGUGAUAGUUCCAGGUGAGAAUCCCGACCUUGACUGAAAGAGUGAGCAAUAUGGGACCGAAGACUGAGCAGCAGUCCAUUUCCUAAACCUGAAAGUGCUAGAGAGCUGAAAAGAGCUGCAGGUUCCUCAGAAAGCAAGUGUCUAAAGUCAUCUUCACAGGAAUGGCCUGUAACAAACCUGCUUACCCUCAGCUACACCCAAAGUUAUCCCAGCAGAGGGGCAAAAGAGCUGUCUCCAGGGGACAGGAAGGAGAAGCAAAAAAGCAAGCUUACACUAAGGGUCAUUUAGGAGUUGGAACAUGGGACAUUUUAAAAAUAAACCCAGAACUUUUAAACAAUUCCUUAUUAAAUACUGAAGUUGUUGCUCAAGAUCACCACCACUUAAAGUCUCUACAGCAUCAAAGGUUAAAUGAACACCUUUCAAGGACAGCUUUAACACAGAGCCUCUGCUAAGACCUGGGGGCAGAGAUUCGCUUCCGGUACACAAUGCAGCAGUAAUGCUGCACCUAACAGGAGGCUGCCCUUAAUUGGCUUAGCAUAAACAGGGAAAGUGAUGGUUAUUCCCUUAAGAGCAGGUUAAGUGGUGUUUAGCCAGCCCAGGUAAGCCAACGCACAGAGCCACAGUUCCCAUCAAACGCUUUGUGAGCUGUAUGUAUGGCACAGGACACACGCUGAGAUCAUGGCUCAUCAGUUCUGUCAAAAACCAAACCAACACCCCACCACCUCCAGGAACAACUGCUUCCAGUAACCACAGCGUGCUCUAAUGAUGGAUUAGUCAUGUUCUGCAACUACAGGCAAUCAAAAAAUAAAUUCUGCUCAUGUAUUUAUGUAUUUAAGAAGCCUGCCUAUUAUCUAAGUGCUAUUUACAUGAGAAAAUCAGUUUCCAUUUCUAAAAUUUAAACAUGAGAAACUAAAAAAGACAACAAAAAUAACACAACAACAUUCCAGUGCUGCUUUUGCAUAAAAUACCACAAAGGUGGUUUACAGAAUGCAAUCCAUAAAGCUUGCAGUCACUGCUUAUGUGGAAUGCUGAAGGCUAGACUCAUGUAUUUGAUAGCACUGUGAAGAUACCUGGAUUGAUGCACAGAACGCUUUCCCAGUUAACUCAGUGCUGCUGCACGGUGGAUCAUUGGUUGGUUUAUUUCUUUGUAUUUAACAUGAUGGAGUCACAUCAGCCAUGGAGGAACAGAGCUGACCACACUGAAACACAUUUGUUGUUGGACUCUCACUGUCACUUCACUUGAUUUGAGUGAGUGCUGGCAGCAGCAGGGUGCUUCACCUCUGCACUGCUGUUUGCUGGGAGCUGCGGCACCUAGAAUCUUGCUGCACCUCUGCUGGGGAAGAGAGAUGUUUGGAAGAAAAUCAGACUUGGUCUAUGGUGGACAUUGACCAAAAAAAGUGUUCUAAUGAAGCACGCAGCAAAUUACCUCAGGUAAUCUGUCAAAACCUGCAUUUAGUUUGAGGUGUUAGCCUUGACAUGAGGCCAGUGCCAAUUAAACCAAACAAAGCGAGCUCUGGGGCACACUGAUCCUCAGAGCCCUCACACUGUUAAAGAAAAGAAGCAAACGCUCCAACAACAGAACGGCACAAAAACUGUCAAAUUUUCCAUUUGUUCUCCCAUUUUGAACCACCGCUGCCAGCAGGCCGCUGAGCCUAUGUAGGAACAAAGCCCAGCAGUGUCUGCAGUGAGUCCUCGCACCAUGCCGGCACCUCAUCGAGCCCUGGGAAGCGUUGCUGGGUUUGUGUUUGUUUGAGAUGUGGUAUCUAACCGACCCUUCCUGUUGGCCAUGGAUCAGUUCGUUACUGGUGGUGCUCCCCCAGGGAGCGGGCAUGAAGAAUAGGAACACUGUUCUCCACAGCUGCCCGCUCUGCUUUACUUUUUGUCCUUCAAGUCAAAGCAAACCCAGUCGUUUGCUCUUGCAGUUCUAAAUGGUUACGCACCACGAAAUCAAGCACCUUCUUUCUACUUGCAGCAGAAAUGACAACCUAAGGCACACACCACUUUAUUUCAGGCACCACCCAGCACGCCUCCCAUCGGUAUUGAUGAAGCGAGAUGCCCACACAUCCCUCACCCAGCGUGGCUCUGAAGGGAUAUGGUUUUGUAAAAGGGCUCUACAGAGGAAAUCAAAACAGGGCACCCUCACACACAGCAGGAACACACAGCUGACCACCAAUGGACAGGCUGUGCCCCACAGCCACCUGUGAGCACGGCAGCCACUGAGCUCAGACAGUGACAGGAUGGGCCAGCUAGGAACAGGGAGAUGUGAGGGCUUCACAUGGGAAUUCAAAAUCCACAGCAGUGGGCACAGAGCUCCGGGGAGAAAACAGUGAAGGACUUGCCUGUGUUGCAGCCUCAGUCUGCGCCGCACACAGGCAGGGAGCAGCCCAACACCAGCCCACUGAUAUUUGGCACUCUUCGAGCCUUUCAGGUCAAGCAACAGUCUCUACAGAUAAUUACUGUUUUAAUUAGUCCAAUUCUGCUUUGUCAGAGCUGCUCUCCUUCCAGCUGAACCUUUCAGAUGGAAUUGGAUUACGUUUCCCUUUCUGGAGUAAGGAUGUGCAUUUGAAUGAGACCCGACGCUGCGAGGCUGCGGCACGGGCCCUCCCGAACACCGACCGCCGCGCUCCGCUCCAUGUAGCAGCGCUGCAGGGAGGACCUCAGGCAGACAGCAGCAGCGGGGAGGGAGGCAGAGCCGCGCGGCUCCGGGCGGAGCCUCAGCCCUCUCGCACGCACCAUUUAUCGCCGAGCUCCGGGCGGAUCGGCGCGUCACUCCCCGAGCUCGGCGCAGCCCGCAGGGGCACAGCGGGUACCCUCCGCUCCGGCUGCGCGCAGCCCCGCUGCCCGCCGUGCCAUGAACUGCAGCGAGGCGCGGCGGCUGCGGGCGCUGCUGGGCGCUGUGCUGCGGGAGCUGCGCCGCGGAGCCAACGCCAGCGCGGCCGCCGCUGAGCCCGGGGCUGGGGGCGACGCCUCGCUGUACAUCCUGCUCAUCAUGAUCUUCUACGGCUGCCUGGCCGGGGGGCUCAUCCUAGCCUACACCCGCUCGCGGAAGCUGGAGUCCAAGCACGACCCCUACCACCUCUACAUCGAGCGCGACUGGGGCCGCGGCGGCCCGGGGCAGGCGGCCGAGGAGGGCGGCCCGGCCGAGGAGCAGCGGCCGCUGUGACCCCGCGGAGCGCGGCGGGGAGGGCUCGGACCCGCGGUCCGCUAUGGGACCGCUCCCAGCCGCGGCUCAGCUCCACGCCGCGUCCUGCACCGGGACGACGGACGGCGCUCGUCCCGCUACCCUGUAGUUGGGGCUGGCUUUCCGCAAUAAACACCUGUCCUGCCGUGCGUCCGGAGACCCCUCAUCACUCAUCCUUAGAUCUACAGACCUCCCUCCUCAAACUCGGUGCCUGUUCCACCGUUCUCUGACCGCACCGCCGUUGCUGCGGGCAGCCAUGCUAACAGCCUCUCCGUGCUUUCUGACAGCAAAACUACAGUUCUGAAGCUCUUCCUCAAGUUGGCAGCUGCUGCAUCUCACUGCCUCUGCUGUAACGUUGUGGGGAAUGGCCGAACAUCAGCUGCACGAGGGGAUGGUUUUUUGUUUUUUAAAAAAACAAACAAACACAGAAGCCCUGAAGUAACAGGAGCUGCACAUAACGAGCCGCUGCACCGGGAUCACCACAAUGGGGCCUCAGUCAAGUCAGAUCUGCAAGGAGUUCCUUCAACACAAUCAAAAUUAAGCUGACUACAACCAAUGUUCCCCCAUAAUGAAGAGGGAAUUAUUACACAUCCAAACUCCUUCCAGUCUCAUCCCAGCGAAGGCACGCUGUCUGCCAGCAGGACCGCGGCCUCUACGAGGCAUUACAGACCAACAGCUCAGAAAGCACGGCGGACCUGCAGCGCUAACCACCACCGCUGACCUCAGCCGGGUUGGGCAAGGAUAGGGAAGGGGCUCUCUCAGUUUCCUGGGUAUGAGACUUGCACACACUGACGCAGCCCGCAUGCCGCACGCAGCCUGGCACAGUCUGUCCUGUGCCUGCCCCCAGCCCCGCACCGUAUGGCAGCAGCUCGUCACACUGAGCAGCCCGGCGGGAAUCAGCAAUUUAUCUCUGCAACUCCAUUUUCAGUUGACGUAAAUACAUUACCUGGGAAUUUUCAAAAGGAACGUACAGAGCUGCAACCAGACAUUCAGCUCAAAAACACAACCAGGCGUCUUUACUUUUAUAAGCCCCCUCUUACCAGAGAAAUCCCUCAUCCACAAUCACACCUUGUUCAUGCCAUCCCUUUUUGGCAGCAUGCACAUUUGUGAGCAACCAUUUUCGAGGAGGAAGCACACGAGUAGAACUUCAUCAGGAAGCUGACAAACACCACGAGAGCUCACCGAGAGCUGCAGCCACUGCCACGGAACCGGCCCGACGCGCUGGUCUCACAAACACAAGGUCACACAUCCCACUCGUUUUAUGGUUUCGUUGCUUUUAAAAAAAUAUUUCAAUAAAUUAUUAGAAGUUAAAA